AUUUCUACAAAACGUCGUCGUUUGCGAUCCACAAUUACAGUUCCAGUUCGUGAUCGAAGGGUGCGACGGGGAAGAAGAAGCAAUACUGCAAUUGAUCGGCGUUGAAACGUGAUUCUUGGAACUUCGACAUGGAAUCGGAAGGGCAACGCACUGGUUCGAGUCCUACUGCAAUGCUCGGAGCUCUCUUGUGCAAAAGGUCGAGGCUACACGACGAACUCCGGAGCAUCGAAAAGCAGGUGUAUGAUAUGGAGACGAGUUAUUUACAGGAUCCAAGCCAAUGUGGCAAUGUCUUGAAAGGUUUUGAAGGGUUUUUGUCUUCUUCAAAGAGCACUACACUCUUGAAACGUUCGAGGAAGUUUCAGCUUGAAGACAGGCUCUUCUCUUUGUCGUCCGUCACCUCACCAGCCGCUGAGGAAAUUGUUAGAGACGGAGGUGUACCAGCCAAUGGACCUGGGAAACCGAAGAAGGGGAGAGCGCCAAGAGACGUGAAGCGAAGGCAGUCGGCCGAAGCUGACUUCGACUAUGAAGAUGAUCCUGAUUUGGUUUGAGCUACGUGUGUAUUCUGAUGCUUUUUUUUUUGUACCAUACAAUACACAGAUUGAUUUAUGAUCAGCCUAUAUGCUCACUCUUAUGUA